AAAAUCAAUUAAAAAUCAAAGAAGAAAAAGAGGAGGUGGAGGAGCAGCCAAUGGAAUUGGAAAGCCUCCCUCUUCCUGUGGUCAAAGAAGAUGAAAGUACGGUGAAAAUUGAGAAAGUGGAAGAAAAAGAAAUUAUAAAAUUGCCAGUAAUAGUAAAAUUAGAGAAACUUUCAGAAUGCAAUGAAGAAAGGCAGACUGUCAAAGAAGAAAGUGACUCUUUUAAAGAAAACGUCAAGCCCAUUAAAGCAGAUGUGAAGGAAAACAAAAUAGAACCAAAAGACUUAAAGGAAGUAAAAAGUUGUGCAGACAAAAUAGCAGUUCAUGAGCCGGAGAGGUUGGAAUUUUGUGUUAAUGUCAAAACUCCCCAAGAAAACGUGGAUAAAUCUGUGGAAGAAAGCGAGAAACUUAAAAAUGAUCAGCAGGCCAAAAUACCGCUUAAAAAGCGCGAGAUCAAGCUGACAGAUGACUAUGACAGUCCCAUAAAGGGGCCCCUGUGUAAAUGUGUUACUCCAACAAAGGAUGUCUUGAAGGAAGAAGGGAAACCUGAAGAAGAAGCUUUUAAGAGAGUCCCUACAAUCACUGCGUUAUGUCCUGAUGGGAAAGUGCUAGUGAAUGGAGAAGUUAGCUGUGAAAAAAUAACCCCAAGUGUCAUUCAGAAUAAUAAAUCCGAGCACUCUGCUAGCACAAAGGAAGAUGGCAGCUCCUUAAAGGAGAAAAAUGGAAAAAGUGGGGAAAAGGUAUCGGACUCCCUAAAUUCCGUUAGUAAAGUUAUAAAAGCAGGCGAAGUUGAGAAAAAUGCGGUAGCUGUGGUGAAAGAAACCGUGGCUGUGGUCUCUGAGGUCUCCAAUCAGAAAGUGCCUUUAAAGGAGGAAUCUAGUCCUGUGGAAAGAGAGCCCCUUGACAGCACCGCUACUGAAAUGGUAGUGGAAGAGUCAUCAAACUCUGAAGACUGUGCCAAAACAGCUGAAGAGACGCCAGCCGUGCAAAUCAAAAGGGCCAGGUUAUCGCCACCCAAAGAAUGUCUGGAGAAGCCCACAAAUGCAUCUGCUCCUGCAGAACCGCCCGCACUUGCACUGUCCAAUGAAGAGACUUUGAAAAGUAAAGGGGAGUCUGAGGAGAAGCCCGAUUCCCCAAAAGCUGCUGAGACGCCCCCUUCAUCUACUUCUCCUGUUACUUUAGAGGAGCCCGUUUUGGAAAAGGAGGGCUCUGAUGGUAACGUGGCUCUGCCUGAGGAGAGCAAAGUAGAGGAAACACCCAUCCUUGAAAAACAAGAGGCAGAGAAGGAAGGUGCCAAGGCAGAGCCAGAGAGAUCGGACAAUGCCCAUGCCUCUAAUCUAGAGGACUCCUCAGAGGGUAAAAAGGAAUCUCCACUACCUAAAAGCAAAUUUAAAUAUAAGCUAGUUUCUGAAGAAAGCUGUGCAACAGAUAAUAAAGAAAUAACUUCAGAAAGACAGAAAGAAGGAAUUAAGCUGACGAUCAGGAUCUCCAGUCGGAAGAGGAAGAUAGAAACACCACCAGAAGAGGUCAGCGCUGGCCGCACGUUGAGGCGAUCUCCGAGGAUAUCCAAGCCCACUCCAAAAGUCGUGGAGACUCGGGAUCAGAAGUCUGACAAAAAACGGCCUGAAGAGGAAGAGGAGAAACCUGCAGCUGCACAAAAACCAGAAAGAAAAGAAGAUGCAAAAAAACAAGAGAAGGAGUCAAAUUCGAAGGCUAACAAGAGAAGCAAAGUUCGGUGGACGGGUACGCGGACACGGGGCAGGUGGAAAUACUCAAGUAAUGAAGAAAGUGAGGGCUCGGAGAGUGAAAAAAACUCAGAGGAGGAGGAGGAAGAGGAAGAGGAAGAGGAGGAAGAAGCUGCACCUGCUGAUGACGAUGAGCCAUGCAAGAAGUGUGGCCUUCCCAAUCACCCCGAGCUGAUUUUGUUGUGCGACUCCUGCGACAGUGGGUACCACACAGCCUGCCUUCGCCCUCCUCUGAUGAUAAUCCCUGACGGAGAGUGGUUCUGCCCACCGUGCCAGCAUAAAUUACUCUGCGAGAAAUUAGAAGAACAAUUACAAGACCUGGAUGUUGUCUUAAAAAAGAAGGAGCGUGCAGAGCGCAGAAAAGAGCGGCUGGUAUAUGUGGGUAUCAGUAUUGAGAACAUCAUUCCACCCCAGGAGCCAGAAAUACCUGAAGGUCAGGAAGAAAAGAAGAAAGAUUCCAAAAAGCCAAAAUCAAAGCUGCUUGAAAGAAGGUCUACCAGAACCCGGAAAUGCAUAAGCUACAGGUUUGAUGAAUUUGACGAGGCAAUUGAUGAGGCAAUUGAAGAUGAUAUCAAGGAGGCUGAUGGAGGAGGCAUUGGCAGAGGCAAAGACAUGUCUAAUAUCACAGGUCACCGUGGAAAAGACAUUUCUACAAUCCUAGAGGAAGAAAGGAAAGAAAACAAGCGACCACAAAGGGCUGCUGCAGCACGACGCAAGAAACGACGGCGACUAAACGACUUGGAUAGUGACAGUAAUCUGGAUGAAGAGGAGAGCGAGGAUGAAUUCAAGAUCAGUGAUGGCUCUCAGGAUGAGUUUGUUGUAUCAGAGGAAAAUAUGGAUGAAAGCGAAGACGAGCCACCAUCGAAUGAAGACAGCGACUCAGAGUUCUGUGCCCGCAUAUCCAGGCGACACCUCUCCAGGCCCAUGAGGCAAAGCAGGCGGUUACGAAGGAAAUCAGUCAAGAAAAAAUACUCUGAAGACGACGAAGAUGAAGAUUCAGAAGACAAUUCAAGCAGAGAAUCUGAGAGUGGUGAUUACACAGAUUACAGCGAUGACGAUUACCUGGAAACUAGGCGGAGAAGAUCACGACGGAAUCAGAAGAGACAAGUUAAUUAUAAGGAAGAUUCAGAAAGUGACGGCUCACAGAAAAGUUUAAGAAGAGCUUAUAAACUCAGGCUCUCCACUUCAGAGAGUGAAGAGAGCUACACAUCGAAGAACUCUGACGACGAUGAAUCCACAAAGGAGUCCAAGCGAUUGAUUCAGAAACGUCGGCGAAGUACAGACGACUACUCUGAGGAAGGAGGAGAGGAAGAGGAGGGGAAGCCUGUCCGCAAACGGCUGAAUCGAAUUGAAACAGACGAGGAAGAUAACUGCGAAAACGCUAACGACGACGCUGAAAACCCCGCUCCUGCAAAUAAGCUGCCAGCACCGCAAGCUCCUCAAGACAACACCAAGAAGCACUGCUACCGGAUAGAAAGCGACGAUGAAGAUGACUUUGAUAACGUAGGGAAAGUAGAGAGCCCUUUGGACUACAGCCUGGUGGACUUGCCUUCCACCAACGGACAGAGCCCAGGUAAAACCAUUGAGAACUUGAUUGGCAAGCCAAGCGAGAAGACCCAGGCCCCCAAGGACAGCACAGCCAGCGCCAGCCUGGCGCCCAAUGGGACGGGAAGUGGGCAGGAGGCGGUCGGGCCGGAGGAAGACGAAGACGAACUUUUGAGAGUGACUGACCUUGUUGAUUACGUCUGUAACAGUGAACAGUUAUAA